AUGGGUGAUAAUGGCAGACCUAGGAUUAUGCAGGUGGCAGUUUUCCAACCGGUUCGUUCCUAUUUUGUUAAUGGUGUAGUGUAUAAAUAUUUUUUUUUUCAAUUUUCAGGGAGCGCAACCAGCUCAACAAUCACAGCCACAAGCAACUUCAUCACAAGUUGUACCAGUUCGACAAAUGCAGCAACAGACAACACAUUCACAACAACAUCAGUUUUUUGUAAGUUUUAUUAAUUAGAGCUGAAAAUCUAGGAACCUUCCAACUGAAGAAUUUUCAGCAGCCAAUUCAACCAACUCCAGGACGUUUUGUUUCGAAUAAUGUGAGUUUUUUUCCAGAUUUUAAAUUUUAGGAUCCUAUCAGAGUUGUUGGAAAUUAAAACCAGAAGAGUUCAUUCAGAAUUUUGGAAAGUUGUAGAGUUUCAGAAAAAAAAUUCAGAAACCUUCCUUGUUAGACGAAGAUAAAUAUGAACAAGAUAAAAAUGUCAUUCAAAUUUUUUUUCCAUAGAAAAUUAGCUAUAUUGAAAUAUUUCUUCAAUCACGAAAAUUGGGUCAAAUUAUGUUUGAGGGAAGGGAAAAUGAUUCAAAAGUGCAAAAAAUGUUGUAGAUUUUUAAUGCACAAUUUUCAAUAAUUUUGAGAGAGGAAAAGACAGACAUUUCGAAAAAUGAGUUGUACCUAUUACUUUUCAAAGAAUAAAUCUAACUUCAAAAAUUUGUCUCUGAAAAGUAUCAGAAUUUCAUUCAAAAUUCAAACUUUGAAUCUACAAUUUUCAGGGUCAGGGUUCAUCAAAUGGUCCUCCACCACCAACACUUGAAAAUUUGCGAUUAGUUGGAACAGCGGUUAGUCAAUCAUCUAAACAAUUAUAAUUCUUACAUUUCUAUACAUUUUCAGCAAUACCGCCAAAUCGUUCCAAAUCCUAAUGAACCUGGACAGCGGCUCAUUCCACAAUAUCAUAAAAUUGUACCAAGAUCUGGACCUGUUCGAUAUGCAACUGUAAGUUUUUCCAAAAUUGGAAACAAACAAUUCAAAAUUAAUUCCAGAUUCAACCUGGACAAGCACCAAUUUUGACAAUGAAUCGUCAAAUCCAACCGAGACCUCAAACACAAAAUAAUGGAGCACCGACGGUUUUUCAAGCGGUGCCAUUCACAACUCAACCAAAUCGAGAUCCAAUUGUUCUUAGCAAACAUCAAUUUGAAAGACUUGGAAAACCAAUAACAAUCCAAUUCAAUAAUAAUGAUGGAAAUGAUAAACCACCAGUUCUUCAACAAGAAGAACCAUGCAAACAAAAUGUUCAAACUUCAUCAGAACAAGGAACUUCGGGUACCAACACUCAUAAUAUUGUUAAACUUAAUUUGGCAAAACCUGCAAAAUCUGCAUCUGCCUCUGAUCUCACUCUGCCUGCAGCAGAACCUCUUUCAAAACCUCAGUCACCAAAGAAACGACGAACUCUUCCGGUAGAAGAUGACUCUUUGGUUAUCUAUCCUCCACCAAAGCCAAAAAAUGUGACUGCAAAAAACUUCUAUUCUCCCGAAGCAUAUGAUUUGGAUCAAUUUUUGAUGGAAGCUGUUUUCAAACCAGAAAAAGAAGUUUUACAACACAAUUUUAAAGGAACAACUUUCACGGAAUAUACGAAACCUCAAAAGGGGGAUGUUGGAGUUGUCACUGCGGAAAAAAUUAAAAAUGUUUCAUGUGAGUUUUAUAAAUUUUUUUACGUUUUUUUUAAAUGUGAUAAAUGAUUAUUUUUCAGCACUUGUUGGCUUAAAACCGGUCACUCCAAAUAAACUCAACAAAAAAACCAACAAACGACAACAUUCAAACAAAAAAGAGGAUCCUAAAAAGGUUCGUUAUUAUGAUUUCAUUAAAAACGGUAUUGCAUAUCAAAAAUACUUUCAGGAAAUCAAAUUGUCGAGAGGACAAGAAGAUUAUUUUGAAGACUUUUUGGCGAAAGUUAGCGCUAAAGCUAGAAUUGCAGAAACAAAACCAUCAUUCUGUGUAAAACCUAGACAAAAAAAUUCACCAAAAAUCACUGGAAACAGCUCUCCGAUUGCGCUGCCCGAAACAACAACUAGAAGAUCUCCAAUGGUCGCGACAAGUAAGAUUUUAUUUUUUUUAAAUCUAACAUAUUCACAAGAAAAUGUGUGUUUAGGAGCCGCUACAGCCGCUCCUCCAGUUGAACCAACUCCUCCAGAAGAAAACGUUGAACAGAAUGAAACUGAAAACAAUGUUGAAACAUCGACUUCAAUAAAUAAUCAAAAUAAUGUAGCUGUAGAAGAAGUUGAAGGAACUCGUAAGUUUCAUUAUUCUCAUGUCAGAUUUUUUAUGAAAACUAAUUGGUUUUUAGAUGCUGAAACUUCUACUACCACAGUUGAGGCGCAAGUAUCUCAACCAGCUACACCAAAAACUCCUACAAACACUGCUACAUCGGGUGAUAAAACAUUGCAAAAGAUCGCUGAAGAAUGUGCUCUUGAAGUAGCUGGUUGUUCACUUCAACAACUUCCAGGAGGUCUUCCACUCAAAAGAUUAUCACUUUGGACUGUUGACGAAUGUCAACAAUGGACACAACAAGUUACAAAUAGCGAUGAAUAUCGUCACAUUUUUGAGCGAGAAGAAAUCGAUGGAUCAGUCAUGGUUUUUGUACCAUAUAACGAAUUAGCAUCCUUGUUGAAUUUGAGAUUUGGUCCAGCCAAAAAAAUGGAAGUUGCUUUAAAAGUUGUGAAAGCAUUUGAUGCUAAAGUUAGGGAUUUGUGA